UCGAGACUACAAGUUACAACCACAACUUUUUCACCAUGUUAAAAAUUAUAAAUUCAACUUUUGUUCUGUUAUAUUUAUUAUUUGCUGUGGUAUCUACUGAUGAACCUAAAGGGACUUAUACAACAAAAUACGACAAUAUUAAUCUUGACGAUAUUUUAUCAAAUAAACGAUUAUUAAAAAAUUACGUUAAAUGUUUAUUAAGUGAAGGCCCUUGUACAAAUGAUGGUGCUGAAUUAAAACAAUCAAUACCAGAUGCUAUUGAAACAAAUUGUACUAAAUGCACUCAAACUCAAAAAGAAGGGUCACAAAAAGUGAUGUAUUUUUUAAUUGAUAAUGAAAAGGAGGCAUGGGCGCAAUUGGAAAAGAAAUUUGACCCGACUGGUAGUUAUAAGAAACGAUAUUUAGCCAACAAAGAUUAUAAAGAUGUUUUGACUACCGUUAAAAGUGUAGAAGACUAAAUAGUUUUUACUUAUUUUUAAAUGUCGAAUUUGUAGAUAAAUAAAAAUAAAAUAAAUCUCAGUUUUAAAUUUUUUUAUCUAAAUUACUGUGGUUAAUUAAAACAUCAAUAAAAUAUUUAAAAUUAUUAAUGAAAGGUUAUUU